AUGGAGCUUCAGGUUGUGCAGAGGCAUUGUGGCUAUGUGGAGAUGUUGCAGGAGGCAUCCCUCAUGACUGAAGGCCAUUGUCUAUGUGGUAAUGACUGGCUCCCAGUGGGCGUCCCAGAGUUUGGUGCUGUCUGUGUGAAGACAGAAGAGUCCUCACUGCUUCAACAUAGACAAACUGAGCACAGAGAGGAAACACAGGGAGAGGACAUCAGCACAGAGCCACAUUUACACUCAGAGACUGAGGGACACACAGAGCACUCCUCUGACACUGACAAUGAUGAAAAAUGGAGAGCUCCAAUCAGCUGUUCAGCUGCACAGAUGGUUUCAGCCCAAGAGGCUGACAAGAAGAAACACCAGUGCUCUGUGUGCAAGAAGAGGCUUGGGACUAAGCAUACUUUACAAACACACAUUAGAAUUCAUACAGGAGAGAGACCAUUCAGUUGUUUAAUUUGUUUGAAAACAUUUAUUUUAAAGACCAGUCUAGAUAACCAUAUGAAGGUACACACCGGUGAACGACCUUACAGCUGUUUAACUUGUAAGAAAACGUUUAAACAAAAACAAGGCUUAGAUUACCAUGUAAAGACACACACAGGUGAUAAACCAUUCAGUUGUUUAAUAUGUGAGAAAACAUUUACUACAAAGGCCAGUAGAGAUGUACAUGUAAAGGCACAUGCUGGUGUACGACCUUACAGCUGUUCAACAUGUGAGAAAACGUUUAUCAAAAAGUGUCAUCUAGAUAAACAUAUAAAUACACACACAGGAGAGAGACCUUACAGCUGUUUACUCUGUGAGAAAACAUUUUCUCAUAAGGCAUCUCUAGAUGGACAUGUAAGGAUACACACAGGUGAACGACCUUUCAGCUGUUCAACAUGUCAGAAGACAUUUGCCAUAAAGGGCACACUGGAGCAACACAAGAGAACACACACUGGUGAGAGACCAUACAGCUGUUUAACCUGUAAGAAAACAUUUACCCAAAAGUGUAGUCUAGAUGCACAUUUGAGAAUACACACCGGUGAAAGACCUUACAGAUGUUCCCUUUGUGAUAAAGGGUUUAAACUUAACCAGCAUUUGAAGAAACAUAUGAGAACUCACAAAACAGAAAGUGACUGAAGGCUAAUUGGUUGUGCUCAUAAAAUGUUUGAAACAAUUCUGUGUUGGAGUCUGCUGCUUCAUUUUGAA